AAACAUAAACACACUGACACUGAUAAGGCCUGCAAGGUCAUUUGUCAUUGCCUUCCUUCCUUAGCAUAUCCUGUGGUUUUACCUCCACUGUGCAACCAUUCUGGUUCCCGCUUUCACUUCUCACAUAUUGGGGGCCAAGUUAUAUUGACAUUAUCUUGUGUUUCGAGCAUGAUAUUAAUUUUUUUUUACCACAUCCCUUGCCUAGCUUUUGACCGUUUGUGUAACACAUCGUGCAGGAUUUAAAAUUGAUAACAAUCAUGGUACACACAGAAGCCAUGAUCGCUUACCCUUGGUUAAUCAAUACAUUUCCUGCAUGAAUCUUCUAAUUUUACAUGAGUCUACUGCUUCUCACUCACACGAACCCAUAACAGUACCCUGGCUACCUAUUACGAACCAGAUCAAUGCUGGAUCAAUUAGAUCUAUGCCUCGACUCAUCUUUGCGUUUUUAAAAAAAAAUCCCCACUCCACAAUAUUUUCUAUCGAUGCUGAAGCAUCUGGGAUGGCAAGUCAUGGAGGCGAAUGCGAGACUGGCCGUAUUCUCUGUACAAUUCGUUCGAGCCCUAAUGGUAUCCACAUUCAAGCUAGAACCUUUAUGCGAUGCCCAGAUCUUGAAAGCUAUAAGAUAAUGAUAUUAGGCGGCCAAUCACAAAUGGCAAACUAGAUAAUGCAUCGCUUAUCACAAUAAAUCCGCCAUUAUCCACAACUUCCUUUCAAAUAACAUUUUCCCACAUAUCGAAUUCACCAUGAAACUUUAUCAUUGCGCCAAAUGCCUAAAAAUAUACAUCCCCAACGUGGCCCAUUAUUGCUCAUGUGCCAUCCACUUUCAACGCCAUACAGAGCGUUCAUAUAUUCACUGCAAACCUAACAUCCCAUACUUAUGGUGUCAAUACGAUCAUCAGAGAACAUGAGAACUUGAAUCGCAUCUUUGUCGAGCUGCUUGUCUAACAAAAAUGAGCAACUUGGAUAUUGACGAAUUACAGUCCAUUGUAAUCUUUCCUGCAUAGGUCCUUCUAUGCUACGUCCGAAGUGAUCCCAUAGCCAUGGGGUUUCAACGACAUCCCUUUCGGCUUCUUCAAAAUACAUCUUUUGAAUCAUACGUUUUUUGUUUUGUUUUCCCCUAAAAACGUUUUCAAAUGUUUUCCUCCUUUUGCAGGCAACUUCUUGGUUGCCCUAAUUUCAUUUUACGCAGGCUGCAUUUUAUCUUGCGUGUGUCUUUUCCUCUGCACAUCGAAAUUAUUAGUUCCUGUCGGCAGGGACUAUAGCGGAGGCCUAUUUUUUUAACUGGUGAUUAAUGCAAUUGCAAUGGGUGAAUCACAAAUCAGUAUUGGCAAGGCUAAUGUUAGAUUGUGCGCUUCUCAAUGGAAGAAAACGCACAGGUCCAGAGGCAGUUGCAAGAGCCGCCGAAAUGAAAAUUUGCAGAGUGCAGUCGGUAGAAAAAUAUGGCUGGGAAGAGACUUGCCGAUUGAAAGCAACAUUUGGCGAGAUCGCAUGCAUUAUGGAUUCAAACUACACAGCUGUCGAUUAGGGUUUUCAUUUGCAAAUGACAGGCUGCCACUGGAGCAUGGACAGGGGGCGAUUAGGGUUUCAAUUUUGCCAUUAUUACAUUCCACAGGCUACGUUUCUCAGUCAUGUUUUUGCCCUAGUACCAUUUCAGAGAAUAUGCGCCUGUCUUGCUUGAUGAACGGUGGUCAGUUUUUGUCAGAAUUUAGAAGUUCCAAGAGCAGAAAAGAAGCCAUUCGAAAUCUCAGGCAUCUGCAACUAAAAAUGUUGAACAAGAUUGCGUUAAAAGUGUUUAUUGUCUACCUAAUUUUACCAAACCAGAACAACUAUGGCUGCCGAGUCUAUGAGAGCAAAUUGCCAUAUGAAAGAACGCUUUGCCCAGCCAAAUACUUUUUAUCAAGGUCUUUGAAUGCAGAAGCUCAAAAAAAUCACAAAAACACAAUCAGAAAGCCCAAAAAGCCUACAAAGAAGUUCAGACCAGCCAGAAAAGUCUACAAAGAAAUUGAAUGAGAAAAGGCGAAUAAAAUUAAACAGUUCAUUACCACUACUAGUUUUGUACACAGUUAAUUGACAAACAAUGUUCAGGACAAGUUAUUUCAAUUUCAAUUCCACGUAAAUAUGCUCAAGGAAUAUAUGCCAAUAUAUAGACACAUUUCCUCGUUUUUCUUUGUAUUGUAGUGUUCUGUCUAAGCACCCAAUUAAUCAUUUCUUGCUCGAUUCUGUUCU